GCGCGCGGGGGCGGCGGGCGCGGCGCUGCCAAUCGCAGACAAAGGCCGCCCCAGUGGAUCAUGUGGUGCCGGGGGAGGAAGUGCGGCUUGUUUUCUUUCCUCCAGUCGCCGGGCUCGGGCGGAGCGCGAUGCCGGGAGACCCCCGGGGGGCCGGCGGCGGCCGCGAGCCCAGAUGACGCGCCCCCGCCCUGCUGCAGCGCCCCCAGCCCGAUGGAGGCUCCGCCGUGGGACCCCCUCCGCAACGACUCGCUGCCACCCACGCUGACCCCGGCCGUGCCCCCCUACGUGAAGCUCGGCCUCACCAUCGUCUACACCGUGUUCUACUCGCUGCUCUUCGUGUUCAUCUACGUACAGCUCUGGCUGGCGCUGCGCUACCGCCACAAGCGGCUGAGCUACCAGAGCGUCUUCCUUUUCCUCUGCCUCUUCUGGGCCUCCCUGCGGACGGUCCUCUUCUCCUUCUACUUCAGAGAUUUCGUGGCGGCCAACGCGCUCGGCCCCUUCGUCUUCUGGCUGCUCUACUGCUUCCCCGUGUGCCUGCAGUUCUUCACCCUCACGCUCAUGAACUUGUAUUUCACGCAGCAGGAGUCUACCCAUGUCACCGGGUGAGGGUCAUGUAAGAGCUCUCUCACGGACAGAAGCUUUGUGCAGCCAGUCAUUCUGGUCCUUUUAGCAGUGUCCCUGUUUCUCUAAAGAAUACGUCUUCAAAAAAGAAAGGCAAGAAAAGGUAGGAAAGGAUUGCCCUGAUAUGGGGGAGCCUGGGACUGAGAAUCUGCAGAACUAUGGCUACAAAAUAGUGUAUGUACAAGUUAGUGGCUGUUACAGUCCUACAGAAACCGCUCGACACUAGUAGCCUUCUGAUAAGUCUGCCGUAUCCUCAUGUUUUCCAGUCCACGAGUCAUGGGUAUUAUCUGUCCAAAUACCACUUUUGAGCCCAAAAGCUAGUCAGGCAGUCAUCAGCUCCAUUGCAGACACUCCAGCUUUUUAAUCAGAUCGAAGGAGGUAGUCCUACCAAGAUACAAAGGUCAGGUAGGUUGACGUUACUACAAGAACUGUGACAGUGAUCAUAUUUGGUAUUGCGGUCUUUGUGUCCCUUUUUAAGAAGCAAAAAGGGUGGGGGUGGGGGAAGGAAAACAAAAACUGAGGCCAAUGCCAUGGCUCUCUGCUAAUCACAUGCAAAUUGUGCACUAGCUGGAUGAGGGGCAGGGCUGCACAUUUUCUGCACCGUCUGCUGGUUGGCAAGUAAAUGCUGAGCUAGGGAAAGAGCGACCAGGCCGAGAGAGCCACUCCAGCCAAGCGGCCUCAAGCCCUUUGUAUCUUCCAAGUCUUGUUUCCUGGGUGGCUGGCAGGAGAAGGUGGUACCUAAGUGCUGGCCUCCGAGACCCUGCAGGGCAAAGCCAUGCCCUGGCUUCCUGACAAAUACUCUAUUUCUGGGAGAGUUCUAGCGGGUCGCCCCUUUGACUCUCAGCUCUGACGUCUCUCCCUUCCUCUCUCUCCCACGUGCAUUCUCUUAGACAAGGUUCUCAACCACUGGAAUGGCCCGGGGAGGUUUACGGCCCCCCCCCCCGCCCCCGGGCCCAUCUCAGAACAAGUCCACCAGAUUUGGGAGGGAGGGGGCGAGGUGCAAAUCAGGAAGCACGCACUGGGUGCUAGGCUCCGUUCUAAUUGGUUUGUCCGGUCCCCAUUUUGUGGAGGGCCAGAGAGGUUCAGUGACUCACUCAAGAUUACGUGGUCAGGGCGUGGAGGUGAUGGGAGGCCCCCCACAUCUCUGCGUCUGAGUGAUGGCCCGUGCUUUGUGGUACAGUGUUCAGAUGGGAAAACAGUCUACGGUGGAUGCAGCCCCUGUUCUUUGGGAGCUGAAUCCCCGGCUGGGGAGAUAGGAACUGUAUACAGCACACCGCUAGGCCUAGGCGAUAACUCAGGGCGCUUAGGGGUGUAUAUUUAAGCUCUGAGAGGCUUGAGUAGGAACGGAGCCCUCAGAGAAGAGGCGGGUUUGUGCACCUCCGGAGGCUGGGUGGGAAGAAGGAGAGGGCAGAAGUUUGGAAGGAACUGGAAGGUGCUCCUGGAACUGGGGGAUGUCGUACGGUCAUUGUCCUGUGCUCCGCGCCUGGCCCAGCGCCCGAGGCUGACCUACGUGUCUCUGUGGAGCCUCCCUGAUAACCGGGGAGAAGGGUGUUAUCAUCUCCCUGCGGAGGGGCGGGUUGGUGAGGAGCUUGUCCACGGCGCCUGCAGCCUCUGUGGCACAUCCCGCCCCAGCUCCUGGGGGCCAUGUCCCGUCCCUCCAGGGCCUGGGGUGGAAGGGUGCCUCCUGCGCUCUUGGCCUCUCCUCCUCCAUCCUGGGAAUCCGGCUCUUCCGGGGCUGGCCUGAGGAGGGGCAGUGUUGUCCCAAGUGACACUCUGCCUGUUCGUGUCCAGCCUCUGACUCUGCGGGUGACCCUGCCAUGCGGCCGCAUCUGCAUGGUGGACCCUAUUUUAUCCUGGCUCCCUCUGCCUGUCCGCCUUCCAUCCAACCCCUUCUUCAGGUGUGGCCACGCAGGUCAUGGGCUGGUGCCCCCCCAGGUUCUCCUCCCAGGUCCCCACCUGCCCCUUUCCUUCUCUGCCGCCUACAGAAACCCCAGGUGGAGGCGGAUACCGCCCCCCGAGGUCCGGGUGCCCUCAGACCUCCACUGCCCAGGUUGGCCUCUGCUGGGACUCUCCACAACCCACUUUGUUGUCCUGUCUACACCCCUUGGGUCUGAGCCUUUCCAGCUCACCAAGCGCCUGUCCAUGGAGUGGGGGUGGUGAGGUCCCCUGCUUCCUAACCCCCCUGAGCAGUUCCCCUGGGGUUUUCUCCUCCGUGACCUGGGGUGAAGGUCGCACCUCCCACCACGCAUGCUGCUCUCCUGCCGACAGGCUGAUGUCUCCUCCCCUCCGCUCUCCACCUUCUCAGACAGGCUGGAAGGUGGGGAGGAGGCUAGUGGUAGGACUGGUUCUGCUGACUCUUAGCAGGCCCUGUGUGAGGUGUGUGAACGGCUGUGUGAACGGCUGGCCCCAAAUGUCUGGGGCUGUCUUUGGAACAUGGAGUGUUGAGUACCUGCCGUUUCUGGCUCUGGUCCCCAGCAUCAGUGCGGGGUACAGCCAAACUCCCGCUCAGUUCCUCGCUGCACCAGGAAGUGGUAGGGCCGAGGCUUGAACUGAGGUCUGUCCUCCUUGUGCAUGGGGUGUUGGGGUGCCCUCCACCCCAGGCUGUGGGGUCGAGGCUCAGUAGCUGAGGCUGCCAGCAUCUGUGCCAGGGCAGCCCCUGGGCAAGCAGGUCUAACUGUAGAGCUCCUGGUGUGGCCAUGGGCUCAGCGAUACCCGGACAGCCGUGCCUUCCAGCCAUUUUCCCCUGGAAUUAUGGGUCUGGACCUCAGAUUCUUGGGGCCCCUGAGUUGGGUGGGGUGAGGUGGAGUGGGCUCAACUUCUCACUGCUUCAGCUUUGUCUUGAGCCUGAUGACAAAUCCCUGCCAUGACAGAAGGGCAUUUUGAGGAAGGAAAAGGAGAAGUGAACUCCUGGGACGGUGGGGGGUGGGGGGACGUGGUGUGAUUAAUGGAUGCUGACGCAGGAGCCGGGACUCCAGCACAUCUUAGAGGGCGUCCGGGAAGCUGCAGGACAGUUGCUUGGGGGGAGGGGGCAGAGCUGAGGCUCUGAGGGUGCUGGAGCAUCUUGUGGGAGUCUAGGAGUCAUGGGGUAUGCGCAAAGGCCUAUAGAGGAUGGGUCAACACUGGGAAUGGAAGGAGCAGGGCCUGUGUGGGCAGGACCAAGUUUGAAUCCUGGCUUCACCCCUAGUGCAGCUCCCUUGUCUGGUUACUGACCAUCCUCCGCAGGAAAGCACCAGCCACGGUGCUCCUUCCCCUCGUUGGAGCAGGUUAAAGGAGACACCGUCUGUGUUGUGACCCUUUGCACCUCAGUUAAGGUGCUCUUUCUACAGCUAACAGGAGGGACCCUGGCUCUUGCCCAGACACCAAACCGCAGUUUGGAAGGUCAGACCCCGGUACCGGCUCUGCCUUAUCGCCCCACCGGGUCAUCAAAAUGACUUUUACUGCCACGUUGCACUUGGCCCGCCUUAGGGGGCGUGUGGACGUGAGUGGCUCCCCACGGCUCCCGCUCCUAAAGCCCAGAGCUGGGGGAGUGGGAGGUCUAGCGGCCCAGCCCUUCAUUUUGCAGAUGAGCGACCAAGGCCAGGAGAAUUCUAGUGACUUGUCCAAAGUCACCCAGCUUGGUGUGAAGAGCCGGGUCAAGGCCCAGCUCCUGUGACCCUGUGCUUGCCGCACACGCCACCCCCAACUCGAAAUGCACCCCCGUUCUCAUCCUUGCUGAUGGGGAACCAGGAGGCCGCCAAAAUCUAAUCCAAGGACCCUCUCCCUACCCCUACCAGGAAAAGGGAGGUGCUGAUCUUAGGAAUAAGUGAGUCUUGCUGUGGUUCUUGGCCGUCCGUUAAGACGUUUUUACCAAAUACUGUUUACCAAAUACUCCUAAUCCAGGAGUUGUGAGGAGGGGCGCUUCUAGGCCUGUUGGUGAUUAUGAAGAAGUAAGAAGCUUAGGAACCCGCAAGGCAAACCUUUGACAGUCCCUAAGUACCUUGUUUCAGAGCUGGGACCAAACAGUCAGACCAGGGCAGGGAGUACUCUCGGCCUCACCUCUGUGCAGCACACCCGUGACCUCUUGGUCCCUGGCACUGGCUCCUUGUGGUCACUCAGUGGGCUCCCAGCCUCCAGACCUGUGUGUGUGUGUGUGUGUGUGUGUGUACCUGUGUGUGUACCUGUGUGUGUACCUGUGUGUGUGCUUCUCUGCAAGGGCCUGCACACAUGGAACCCAGGAGAAGUUCCCUUAUUUGCCUUCAGUCUACCGUCCAGCCCCAGCCCCUCCCAGGAAGUAGCUUCCUCAUCUCACUUCUAAAAAUUUCCCUCAGCAAAGGCCUUCGGAUUCUACACCCCAGUUGCCCAAGAUCUGUCCUCCAAGCGCAAGCUUUUAAUUCUCUCUGCUGCCGUUAUUAUUGCUUCAGUGCCGACCUGAGGUGAACCACGUUUCGUGAAUGCCCUCAGCACUCUCAGGAACAAUUAGACUCUCACAGUGUGCCCGAAAUCCAAUGCCACUGACCACGAAGCCUUGAUUUCCCAACAGCAGAAGCUGGGCUGAGCCUGCCGGCUGGGUCCUUGUGCACAGAGCACAGACCUGCGGCUCCUGUCUCCACCGGGAGCCUUGGUCUGGGUCCCACACACUGUGCCACCUAUGGGGUUUUGUGGCAUCUUUUAGUGCCCCCAUCUUUCCCUGGGUCAGACAAGCAGGGACUAGUGGGGCAGGGGGAGAGCAUGGUCCCAGGGCUGGCUCAUCCCCGGGGGGAGGGAGUUUACUCACGGCUGUGUCCAACAGCACGUGCCCUCCCCAACCAGGGGGCCGUCGUGCGUCCCUCAUCUUAGCCCCUAACGGCCUCCAGUGCCAGGGAGGGGACCAUCUUGGAGGUGACGUCAUCAGGGCAGUGAGGCCUGACCAGAGAAGGAUGUGGACAGAAUGGAAGGCUGCUCGUCCCCGAGACAUCACUCAGAGACUCUCAGGUUUUUGAGACAGCAAAUCAUGUGCUCUGGGGAGUGGCUUUGGGUCAGGGGGUUCCUGUUCUCCUUGCAGCUCUAGCCAGAGGAGAGCAGUCUCUUCCUGCUGUGUGGGUCUGUGUCGGGCCUGACAUUCUGGCAGGUUGGUUUUCUCAGGACAGAAAUGGCCUCAGCCAACGGUCCCGACGAUACCCACCACACUGGCACUCGGAGGUCUGCAGAGACUUGUAGAUAUUUUACUUUUUAUUUAUCCCAGGCCUAAAGUUUAGAGUCUGUUCACCAGUGAGGACAGAUGAAGCCCGAGUGGACUUUCUCUACUGGUGGGUCGAUUUCCCCAAAUUUGCAUGUGGCAAGCCACAAGAGAGGAAGGAGUGCGCGUACCCACGUCAGUGUCUUAGGCCUUGUGAGCCCCAUAUGAUCUCUGUUGUGUUUUCUUUUUUUUUUAUAUGUCUCUUUUAAAAGAUGAAAACGGCUCUUAGCUUGCAGCCCGUACAAAAACAGGCUGUGGGCUGGAUUGGUCCUCGGGGGACCAGGUUACAACAAAUCCAGCAUUUCUCACCAAGGUCCCACCCCAUUUUUGUCCCAUUAUUUUUGCUGGGACGAGUUGGAAACAGGCUUGGGUUUUCAUCUCCUGCUUGGAGAGUGUCAUUGGCUUUGAACAAAUCUUAUUGAUCACC